CAGGAAGACUUGCGCCGUAUUCUUAUUGCCUUCUCACGGAAGACGUGUUGCAGAACUGCGUUGAGUGCCCAGAACUCCAGAUUGCACCGACAGCGCUGAAACUGCAGUCAUGGUGAUCUUUGGGAACUGUUCAGUGGUUCUGGAUGUGAAGGGCCUCCCCAUCAAAGAAAAGAAGAAGCUCAAACUGGCAAUAACAGACAAUGGAGGUAGCAUUGCCUACGUGGUCAACAAGCAGUGCACUCACGUCAUCACAAACAACCUGGCCAAGCUGAGCACCAACCGGCAGCGCAGUAUCCACAAGUUCCAGGUCCCAGUGGUGGGGGUGGAGUAUGUGUCCCACUGCCUGGAGAAAGGGGCUCUCCUUCCUGCUAAGGAGUACAGUCUGGUCACCGCCCCUAGCUCCCAAACCGAUUCAUCACCUUCUCCCAACCUCCAAGCCUCAGUGUUUAAGGUGACCAGCCAGACACCAGUGGGACAGGGCUCCAGGGAUCAGCCAAAACCACAAACACCUGCACCUGUGGGACAGGGGUCCAGGGAUCAGCCAAAACCCCAACCACCUGCACCUGUGGGACAGGGGUCCAGGGAUCAGCCAAAACCCCAACCACCUGCACCUCAGCAGGGGGAGAAAGAGGAGGAGAGGGGCAGGAAGAACGACGGAGAGGCGAGGAUGGGGAAAUACCUGGGCAGUCACAGAGUGUACAGCGAAAGUGACAGUGAUCUGCCAACAUAUCCCUCUAAUUUUGAGGUGGCCAAGUAUUCCAUUUUUGAAAAAGUUAGCUCAAACAGGCAGUGGUCAGUGCUGGAGCUGCAGAGCUGCAGAGGACAGGCUGGGCGGCAGUACCGGGUGGUCCGUUACUGGAGCGAGGGUGAUGGCUCUCAGGCCACAGUGACUCGUGACAAGCUGGUCCACUGCUCCGGCUCUGAGGAAGCCCUCCAGGUGUACGAGAUGCUGGAGAAGGAGCUUCACGUCCAGGGUUUCAAAAGGAAGGAUGACCUGCCCCCACUGCCCCAGGGCCUGGGCUCCAGCAAGCUGCAUGAGCUGCUUCUGGAGGAGAAAAUGAACAGAACUGGCAUCUCAGAGGACGUGGGCGUGUUUGUGGAGCUGUUAUGGACAGAAGCCCUUGGUUGCUUGAGCGACAUCCUGACGAUCCCCCUUAACAAGAUUAGUCUCAAUGAUGUGAGCCGGGCGGAGGGUCUGCUGCUGCAGGCACACAAGGUCUUAAAGGAGCAGACUGAUUCUAACCAAAUUCUACAUCUCUCAAAUGAGUUCAUCAGACUCCUGCCCCACAAGCAAACGCCCACUCUCACCCUGCAAGUAAUCUCAAGCAAACUGGACCUCUGCCAGCUCAUCAGGGACCUGCUGCAGGUGAGAGAGGCGGUGCUGUGGCAGAGCGCUUCCCGCCUGGGUUAUUACCGCGGCCUGCGAUGCAGCAUCGACCCCGUUCCCGCAGACAGCCCGGAGUUCCUGUCCGUCAGAGGCCUCCUCCGGGACAGGCCUGUGCAGGUGCAUCAGCUGUUCCGUGUCAGCAGGGCCGCGGAGCUGACAGCCUUCCGGGGAGACCUGGGGAACGUGCGGUCCCUCCUGCACUCCUCCGCUCCUAGAAACUUCGUGGGAAUUCUGUCCCGGGGGCUGUUGCUGCCCAGAUUUGGAGUGGAGCAUCAUGGGAUAGAUAGGACAGACAUUGGGAACCUGGGUGGUGGAAUUUACUUCAGUGAUUCUCUGAGCACCAGUCUGAAGUACUCCAAGCCCGGUGCCACGGACGGCUCUCGCCUGCUCCUGGUCUGCGACGUUGCUCUGGGGAAAUGCCAGGACCUCCGUAAGAAGAAUAUGAGCCUGAGCUCAGCCCCGGAGGGCUACCACAGUGUGCACGGUGUCCGAUGCUCCCCCAAACUGACCUCUGACUUUGAGGAUGAUGAAUACGUGGUGUACCAGACGGACCAGGUUGAGGUGAAGUAUGUGGUGCAGUUCAGUUUGGAAGACGAGCUGGUGAAGACCUUCCAGCCGCCUCUUGACCUUUCUCCUGAUAGGACGCACACGGCUUGCCCUUCCGACGUCUUGCCAGAAACGGAGGCGGACACUGUUUGGAGAAACCGCCUGGAAGACGUGACCGCGGGGCUGCAGGACAGCGCGGGUGAACAGCUGCCCCUACAGGCCGUACAUGUGAAGUGCAAGCUCAUGGACCUGCUGACACAGGUCAUAAUUUUUCAGUCUUACACCAACCUGAGCAUGGUUCCAAUCGAGGCAAAGUAUGUGUUUCCCCUGGACGAGUCUGCAGCAGUUUGUGGGUUUGAGGCCUUCAUCAACGGAAAGCACAUAGUGGGACAGGUGAAGGAGAAGGAGCAGGCCAGGAGGGAGUACAGACAGGCCAUUGAGAAGGGUCACGGGGCAUACCUCAUGGACCAGGACGCCCCCGACGUGUUCACCAUCAGUGUGGGGAACCUGCCCCCGGGGGCCACGGUCCUCAUCAAAGUCACCUACGUCACAGAGCUGGUGGUCCGUGCGGGGGCGCUGCUGUUCUCUCUGCCGGGCAGCGUGGCACCAUGGCAACAGAGCAAAGCCCUGGACCAGACCACUCAGGCAUCUGUGGAGAAGGUGUGUGUGACUGAGGUUCAGGAGGACAGAGUUUUUACCCUGGACAUGUCCAUCCAGAUGCCCUACGAGAUCUUACAGCUGUCUAGUGUGACGCACCGCAUUAAAAGCAAGAAAACAGCCUGCAUGGCAGUGGUCAGCAUGCUGCCGGGGCAGACUCUGGGACCAGGGGGAUUCCAGCUCUCCUGCACCCUGUCCCAGGUGCACCUGCCCAGGAUGUGGGUGGAAAACCACCCAGACAAAGACAGCCAGGCCUGCAUGCUGGUGUUCUACCCACGCUUUGGCCCCAGCGGGGAAGCGGACGGGGCCGGGGCUGGGGCUGGGCCCGGGGAGGUGGUGAUCCUGCUGGACACGUCCGAGUCCAUGAGGGGGGUGGCCUUGCAGGAUGCCCGCAGGAUUGCAGUUCAGGUUCUGAAAACGCUGGACCCUGAGGUCCGGGUGAACAUCCUCUCCUUUGGCACAGCCCACAAGGAGCUGUUCCCGUCCUCCCAGGCCUGCUACAAGAUCCUCUCAGUCGCCACAAAGUACGCAUCGUCCUCCCCACCAGUUGGGGGCAGCACUGAGCUGUGGAGAGCCUUGCGCAGCCUGAGCCUGCUGCCCCCAUCCCGAGGCGUCAGGAACCUGCUGCUGAUUUCGGACGGCCAUGUCCAGUGCGAGGCCCUCACCCUGCGGCUGGUACGGGAGGGCAUCUGUCACACCCGCGUCUUCACCUGCGGUGUCAGCCCAACUGCCAAUCGGCACAUGCUAAGAGCCCUGGCCCAGGCAGGAGGCGGAGCCUACAAAUUCUUUGACACCAAGACCAAACACACCUGGGUGGAAAAGGUCUCGUCACAAACCAAGCGCAUGGCUGGCCCCGGCUGCAGCUCGGUGUCCGUGAAGUGGCAGCAGUUUAACCCCCCCGGUGCACCCCCACCCCUUCAGGCCCCCGCCCAACUGAGCGCGCUCUUCAGUGAUUGCCCCACCCUCGUCUAUGGCUUUGUGCCCCACUGCACCCAGGCCACGCUGCAGGGCAAGCUGAGUGAGCAGGAGCUGGAGUCGGUGGUGUCCACCUCUGAGCUGCAGAAGACCAAGGGCAUGCUCCUGCACAAGUUGACUGCUAGAGCGGUCAUCAGAGACUACGAGGACGGCAGCCUGCAUGCGGACGAGGCGGAGCAUGAGGGAAAGAAGGAGGAGCUGAAGUCUUUUGUCAUCAAGCUGAGCAAGGAGUACUCUAUCGUGACCCAGUACACCAGCUUCGUGGCCAUAGAGGAGAGGGACUCAGGGAGUCCAGAAGCUGGUUUCACAGACAUUCCCAAGUUGCUCGCAGAGGAGGAUGUGGACGUUCUGUCCUACAUGGGCUGGGAGGGAGAGCAGGACACAGGAGAAGCAAUGGAGGAGGAAGAAUAUACGCCAAUGCGUCGCAUGGUGGUUAUCAGAGGCUUAAAGGGUAUUGACACAGACACUGGCUCGGAGAGUGACCGGGAUACGGGAGACACAACAAAGGAUGAAGAAGAUGAGACAUCAUAUGACAUGGCUGGGGUUAUGUGUGGUUUAAUGGGUAUUGACACAGACACUGGCUCGGAGAGCGACCGGGAUACGGGAGACACAACAGAGGAUGAAGAAGAUGAGACAUCAUAUGACAUGGCUGGGGUUAUGUGUGGUUUAAUGGACGCAGAAGUAUGUUCCUGGGCCAGGGAGGUCGCUCUUGACAGUGGCGUCUCACAUCACUCAGCUGGCCAUUCGCCACUAGCCAGACGCUCACACCUGCAACCACCUGAAUUACAGGGAGAAGUUGAAUGUGACUCAGUACCCAUUUUGGAAAAACGACCCAGAACUUCUUCUUUUGCUCCUCCUCUUCCACUUUCCGCUGUUCCUCAUCCUCCUCCACAUUAUGCUCCUGCUCCUUGUCCUACUCUACAUUAUGCUGUUUCUCCUUUUGCUCCUCCUGCUGCUGCUGCUCCUCCUGCUGCUCCUCCUCCUGCUGCUUUGUCUCUUUCAUCUGCUGCUUAUAAUCCUGUGAAACUACUGUUGUGUCAGCACGAUAUGCAGGACAUCCCUGAUGGUUCACCUCCCUGCUCUCUCAUGGAGAAGCUUCCUGUGAUCAGCUAUUCUCCUCUUGCUCCUUCUGCUCCUCUACCUUAUGCUGCUGCUGUUGUUCCUCCUCUUCCAUCUCCUAAAUUCCAAGUCAGGCGGGUAAAGAAAAAAUUAGCCAUCACUGCUGCUUCUCCUUCUUCUCCUGUUUCUCCUUAUUCUCCUUCUUCAUGUUUCUCUCGCAGCCCUCUCCUCCGUGAAAGGUCUGCUAUGAGUCAUUCUUUUCCUGCCCCUCCCCCUCCUCACCCAGCCACAUUAGCCAAUGAAAUACCACAGAAAUACCACAGCAUUCACCUCGAAGCUCCACCCUCUGACUCAACCUUUUCCAGCCUCUCAAAUCAAAUAGGCUCUUCAAGGCAUUUAGGGCCCAUGUGUGGCCCGGAAAUACAAAAUGAGUUAUUUGGUGCUACUGGGUUUUCUUUUCAUACAGCAACAGAAUCUUUUUCUAAAGGCUUGGUGAUUUUGGAUGCACCUGGGCAGGUGCCUCCAUUGCAGUUUGACAGAAAAGCAGGUCGUCCCCGUCAAGGGUCCUUAUUCUCUACAUCACCUGCCAAUAUAGAUCCUAAGGCUAUCCAAAUGAGAGAAGAAAUCACAACAUUUUUUCCCAGUUCAUUCAGCCACGAAACUUGUAGUGUGGACAGGCCACUUCAGAUGUCAUGGGCAAGUCUGUUUGACCUGCAACAUCAGGACGGUUACUGGGAAUGCUCUGAGAAGCUGGGCUCCUUUCUUGGUCUGGAUUUAACCUUCUUUGCCAAUGUCUUCCUGAAAGAAAAGGGAAUCGCCUCUCUGGGCGCGAGAGCUCGUGCGGACAUUUUGAAGCUGGUGGCCACGCUGCUGGUUCUCCAGAUGCUGAGGCUCAUGGGACUAGCUGAGGGGAAGAUGCUGAAGAGCCUUCUCCGCCUGAAGGACAGCAGCACUCCCACGACACUGCGAGGGCAGGCGGUGAAGAGAGCAGUGGAGUGGGUCUCCAGAGCAGACAGGCAGUACCCCUGUGUGUGCACGAGGCUGGAAUUUGGCUGGGACUGGGAGUCUGGCACACGCCAGCUACUGGGGGCCGACCCGCUACCCCCGCACUCACCUCUGCAUCCUGUUCUGGAGAGAACUAAAGUACUAAAGAACAGAGAAUAUGUAUUUCCCUUCCUGGAGUCUCUCUCCUUACCCCAACGCCCCUAAUAGUCCCAUUUCCGCUCAAGCACCCACCACACAACUCCCCCACUCUCCUGCCUGUACCACUGCCUCUCCCCGGUCUCUUAAAGCUGUGGCUCGAUAACUUCCACAACGGUCGCAAUGUUGUGAAAAUAUUUGGAAAAUUAUAACACCCUUUGGCCCUAACCACAGAGAAAGAGGCACACUUUGAUUGCUACUCUGCACAAGAGCGACUUUCGGCUGUGGUGUGGAAAGGAGCAGGCACCCUUUUCAGAGGAGAACCGCAGAUUGCCUUUCUCUCCAGCCGGCAGCAGGGGCCUUAUAUAACCACACAUAGUUUGCAAAUUGGACAUUUCAAAUUCAGGCCAAAUUUGAAGGGAGGUCCCAUAUUGUAUGAAUGACAUUUACCUUGCUAUGUGGAUUAUAGAGGAGUUGAAGAUUGUUAUAAAAACACUGUGAAACAUUUAAAAAAGCAUUUAAACGAACCGGUUGGACUUCCGUGAAAUUGUGUCAUCAGAACAAUAUGCUCGUUUGCUUGUGUUGCUUGUGCUCAGCACACAUGGCUUUUAGUUCUUUGGAGCUAGCCAAUCAGAACAGAUGUUCAUUGAUAUCAAUGAGCCUUGAAGACAGUCACUAAAACAGCCUGUUCUUGGUAAAGCUCAUGAGAAGCGCUGGAGAUUGGAAAUGUAAAACUGCAGAGAGAGAUUUUGGUUCUUAAAACCACACAAACAUCUUAUUAUGCAUAUCAAUACCUACACUAAAACACUAGAAAGGUGUACAGUAUGGGGCCUAAAAGAAUUUGGCCUGAAUUCUUGAUUUCAAAUGUAUAAUUUGAGGGUAUAAACACAGAAUAUGCUGCUGGAUUUCUUCUCUCACAACAGCUGUUUCUACGAUUGCUACCAGUUAUGGAUGACCGUUCCCUGAUAUCUUUCAGCUUUAACUCUCCGACCCUUCCUAUCCCCAAUCUUUUUCUCAUCUCAUUCAUGAUAAAACAUGCAGCAAAAGUGCACUCAAUCUUUCACGAUUCCAUUCUUACCAUAUACUGGCCCUAAUUCAUACUUCAUAUAUACAAGUGAUCCUUUCGAUAUCUUAAUACACUCUGAAUCUCUCUUUUAAUAUGUGUUUCAAGCUACAUAAAUGUUUUGGUCUGUCAGUAAUUCAUAGUUUGCACAAUAAGUAUCCUGUUUUUAAUCUAAAAUAUGUGCACUUAUUACUUACUGGGGCUACUUGGUGGCUUAUUUGGUUAAGGUACCACAUUGUGGCGCAUGGAUGACCCCCAUGAUUUCCAUGAUCACCAAUUGCACUGGGUGAUGUGCAAUUAGUGAUUUUGCCGGCCAGAGUACAGGAGGGUUCAGUCAGUUCACUCUCUAGCGCCCCCCCCUCUGGUCGUACGACCGCUUGUGAGCUACUGCCAAAGGCAUAUAUGAAUGGUGUUCCUCCAGCUCAAUUAAAGCUGAGCAGGGCUGGUGACACCGUGUGUUUUGGAGGAGAACUGCAGUUGUCUACACUCAGCACUGGGUCUCCAAAUUAGGGUGGGAAUUGGAUAUGUACAGCCCUACUUGGAUGCCAUAUAAAUAAUAAUAAAAAAAUAAAAAUAAAAAUAAAAAACUUUUACGUGCUGAGAAAGGACAGGAACAUAGAGUGAAGAAUGUGAGAGUGAGCACACAUAUCUUAAUCGAUUGUAUGAUUUCUGUUACUUUUUUCAUACAGCAUUUAUUUAGUGUAAGGUCGAGGAAAGACCAAAAAACACACUGAUUCUGUGUCUAAUUUUAGCUGUUUUACCACCCUCAGUAUGCAAAGUCUUGAAUUCUGCCUUGAAUUGUAUGUGAAAUGUAUGUAAGAUGUAUAGGUCCCUGUGUAUUACUGUUUACUAAACAUCUGAAAUGCAAAUACAGUACAUCUGGAGAAUUGGUAUAAAGAAAACAUCCUAAGCAUCAAAGCUAUUUAUUUGUAUAGUAGGAGCAUUUCAGCUUCGAAACAGUCCUCCCAGAUCCGAGUAUGGCUGGCAAAAUUGGGCUGCUGCUCCAAGCGUUCCUGAUCGCCUCGGAAUCACGGACUGGGGCUAGAGACAGUACAGCUUGAAGAAGGCAUGUCUUUCUCAUUUCGGUGACCAGGGGGCAGGGUGUAGUAGUGUUUCCUCAGCAGUACAUGGGAAUUGAUCGGAAAAAAUCAUAAAGAAACAAAUUUUAAAAAUAGAAAUGUAGGCGGCAGGGUGUGGCUGUGGGAGCCACAGGGCUAUUGAUACACUUGAUAAAAGAAGAGCCCUGCCACAAGGCAAUUAGACUUUGUAGAACAAGCUUUCGUGUGUGCUGGCCUGGUCAUAGAGUGGGAAAAUGUUGGGAAGGAUUUCAGAUUAAUAUCCUAAUAUAGUUAAUAUGAUGCAUAAAUUUACAUUUUUGUAUACGCAUUCUUUAUGUGCAAAAACAUCCAUUAAAAUGUACUAUCUCA